AGGUUCUUCAAGAACAACGAUAAGUGUAAAUUAGUCAAGGUGGACUCACUUGACAACACAGAGGCAGCACCAUUCCUAAAGAAUGCAAAGGAGGAUCGGCCAGAUUUAGUGAGUAUUGCUGUUCCAAUGGGUGUACAGGAAAAUGCUUCUUUUAUAGUAGAUUUAGAUUCCCUUCUCAACUAUAGAGAUUUGUUUUCUGAUGACAAUGGUUCUUGGAAGAUGACAGGUGCCCGGUUAAAGUUUUUCAGAGUACAAAAAGAGGGAGGUCAAGUUGUCAGCAUAGGAAAAGUAAAAAGAGAGGGAGAGGCUCAGGAGUCCAUUAGAAGACUAUCUUGCAUCUACAAAUCCUGUCCCUUCCGCCACCGAACAAUCGUUGCAAUCGAGUAUGGUAAAGAGAUUGACAAGAGGUUUCCGAUUGUACUCAUAAACUACCGCCCAGAGGGCUCUCCGCAGACAUUCAAA